GUUGCAUGGUUCUUGAGGGUGUGUUCAAUUGAUGGAAAAGCCACAACAAACCAUUUCUGAUCCAAAACAGUUCACAAAAAACACUGAUUUCUCAUUUUGUGACUAUCUGAUUCUAUUCUGUCUUUAGCAGAUUACUCUUAUUGAUCUUAAGUAUUCCAGGAUGUCGCAAGAAAGCAGGAAUUUCAAAGAAAGACGUAGUUUUUCUGCCAGAGUGAGAGAUGUCCAAUCAAUCCGGGACACUCAUCAGAAUAAAAUACCGGUGAUCAUUGAGCGGUACCCAGGGGAAAAGAAUCUGCCUGUCUUGGACAAGACAAAAUUUUUGGUCCCUGACAAUGUCAAUAUGAGUGAGUUGGUGAAAAUAAUUCGCCGACGACUCCAGCUCCACCCAAAUCAAGCGUUCUUCCUUCUGGUAAACAACCGCAGCAUGAUCAGCAACACGACGCCAUUAGUGGAAGUUUACGAGAAGGAAAAAGACGAGGAUGGUUUCCUUUAUGUGGUUUACGCAUCUCAGGAGACAUUUGGAUAAAUUGUGCAUCUUUUUGCUUUCAAAGACUAUAUAAACUUGCUUCUGGGAUAUUACGGUGCAUGCGUUAUGUAAUAGGCCUAAAGGGAAAGUGGACCAUAGAUGAAAUCGAUCUCUCUGGAUUUGAUUUUUUGAAUCAUUUGAAUUAUUAGAAAAUCAACGCAUCAAUCUGGUUUUGUCACACUUUAAUCGAAAUUAUGACUGUUUAACGACCAAAAAGAUAAUUUUAAACUCCAAGGAUUCUGAUGAAAAGCUACAAUUUUGCCUAGUAAACGAUGAUUUUGCCGAUUUUUUUAAGGUGGCGAGUCUCAUCUAUGACUAUAUAUGUGACGCAUAUCAUCCGUUCUGACAAAAAUUCUUGAACAUAAAGUGUACUAUUAACCUACCUCGAGAAAACCCUGUGGAGAACUCUGUAACUGUAUAAAAAGUUGGUUUAAUUGGAGUCAUUUUGUUCACUGUCAAUUGGAUUAUUGUUACAGUCAGAUGAAUACAACGUGAAUGUAGAGUAUAGUAUGUACAUUUGUAAAUAGCAUAUCAAAUAUGGGCAAUGCAGACUGAUUUGAAUGCAGUUAUGUGUUCAAAAUAGUGUGUUCAAAUUUGAUUUGGGUGAAUAUCCCCCAGGUCUCUUUGUUUUUCGUUUGUAUCGGCAUUCUACUAAAUCAUAAUAACAGAGAAACAUAUACUGUAAGCUGUGACAUUUUCGCGACGCUAAAAUUUAGCAAAACGCUAAUUUUCACUAAAUACAGCGUGAUCUGUCAAAAUUCUCAUUACUUAUCUAGUCAAAUACCGCCUCACGCAGUAGACUUAUCUGAUGUGUUUAUAAAGUUAUUAAUUCAGCUCAGAUAUACAAUGUUCAUGUAUCAGUGGAUGCAAUCAGUUGUUUUGAUAUGGGAGGAGAGAGAGAGAUAAAUUUGGUUGCAAUCUUAAAGGGUCGUACCGUUAAAAAUUACUGGUGGUCCAUUUAAAUAGAAAUUCACUAAUACACAAUGCCGUAGUGCAGUUAUUAUGAAUUUGAAUUUGUUGAAACUUUGUAUUUAUAGUAUUUGUAUAUCUGUCUACAGAAAGGCAAUGCUAAAAUUUCAGUAUGUAUUUAUGCAAUUGAAUCAAAUUUUAGAACAACUGGUAUGAAUAUUGGAAAACUCUCUCCAUAUACAUGUAAUAAGAAUAUAUCUCAAAGUAAAAUAAGGGGGACUUGGAGAAUUAAGAAGGAAGUCUGCAGUGACCAAACAAGCCAAUACAUUUUUUCUGGUUAACGGUACUGCAUGAAUCCAGUUGUUAAUGGUGUAUAAAAUUUUCUUCUGUAUUUAUUUGUAAAUAGCUUUAAUAUCAAUCAUGAAAGUCAAGACUUAUGGUUAUUGAUAUCACGCGAUAAUUCAGUGAUCGUCACAAAAAUGGCUCAUUUGCACAGCGCUUAAGUUUUGUGACUUGGUUUUAGCAAUCGGUCUUUACAUCUUCAACACUGUGAGGGGCCAUCCAUUUAGUAUAUACGCACUAAGGGGGGGGGGUCUCAAAGUCCACAGUUUGUGUACAUACUUUAUGGAUGGACCCAAAUGCAGUCGGGUAUACUUUCAGGGAUAUCCAGGUCUUGCUGUGAUGUGACGUUAAAUGUUUUUUGUCAUUCAGGUUGAAAUGAUCACGUGAUAGAAUGACUACUUUACUUUCAAAAUGCUUUCUCCGACUUGGAAUUUUCGUCAAAUUCUGUGUUCAACUUUGGAUGUUGUGUUUUGUACUCGCAAGAAGAUGGUGCAAUGUAAAUUGAUACAUUUUGGCAAUAAUUACAUCAAAACCCCAUUUUUGAAGAGAUAUUUUCUUUUUCUAUUCUUGACAUCAGAAUUUUAUUUAAAAUACUCAUGUAAUAAUGUUGGAGUGCCAAGAAAAAAUCAAAAAGAAAAAAAUAAGUUACUCUAGCUCGGAGGCUGGUUCUGGGAUUUAUAAGAAAAUGUGCACCAGACUGUUAGUGCAUUUCAAAUGUAUUUUUGACUCAAACUAUCAAAAUAUCGUGUAUUACAAUUGGAGAGUCUGGAGCACAGAGAGCAGACCCUCCCUUAUUCGAAAAACAUGGUUAGAAAAUAUAACCAGGGUAACUUUCCUUUCUGAGGGUCCGACUCUGAAAUCACUCCAGUAGUAUGCAUGCAGUAGCAAUCCUACAAUGAAUUUGGGGCACAACAUUUUCUUUCAUCCAGUGUUCUUUUAUCUCGCAUAUUAUCAUUGUAUAUAUCCACCUUGUAGAUAUAAGAGCAGAAUUGAGAUAAAUCGUGUAAAAAUGAAGUAAAAAACUCUUUGAAAAACUA